UGGGGACUCUUUUGUUACUGUUCUUAAAAGUGAAACAGAAUUUUGUUGUUUGUUUGUUUGUUUGUUUUUUCCUUUCAGACCGGAGAAGGUACUGAAGUCAAUUGCACCUUCGCAAUAGGAUACAUUUUACACACAUAAAGACGCCGGUUUGAGCACUGAACUGACAAAAAUAGAAGCUCAGUAUGAGGCCAGUUACUGCGGUACUCAUACUUGUAUCCACAGCUGCAUACUGGUUUCCAAGGACAACAGAAACUACUUCAGGAAUCAAUCAAUAUGUGCUAAACCCUGCAGAUGAGCAUGUUUGCCAGUCGACGCAAAUAGAGUAUUACACGGAUAGGGAACCGUAUACAAAAUAUCGCAGACAAGUGAGGUACAGACGCUGUUCAAAUGUAACUAACACGUGUGCAGAAUACAGAACUGUCGCAAGCACAGAUUACAGAAUUGUAACCCGCUACAGGAAUCGCGUACGUAUUUUUUGUUGUGAUGGUUAUGAGGCACAGCGUACACUACUUGGCUAUACCUACUGUGCAGGAAGGUACAGUCAGACCUUAAGGUCCUUGAACUCCACAGGAACGAACAUUUGGGACAGAGAUAGCUUGUUUAAUUAUAACACUUUUCCACCAGUGGACUAGGUUGCAGUGACACUAAGUUUAAUCAUGUGUCAAACUUUAAGAAUAUAAAUGCAACUACAUGUACCAAAAAUGACUAAGCUUUUCAUAAGGAUAUCUGAUUUUUGUUUAGCAUAAAAUCAUAAAUGCAUGAAAUAUGUAUGUCACAAAAUGAUAUUUUAUCCCCUCCCAUGGGAAACAUUUUUUUUGUUUGUUCAUUUUCUUAUCAUUUUGAAGAAACUUUAAGUCAAA